UGUAAUGAAGUUAUACGUUCUUAUUCUUAUUGUUUCUUUAGUGUUAGCUUAAGCAUAAGAAGACAUCAAAUAAAAGGAAAAUACUUAAUAGGAAUCUGAAAAUCUUAAAGAUGAAUUAAUAAGCAACACAUCGAGUGAAGGCAAAUCAAAAUAAAGAACCAAGGAAGAAAUAAUCAAAGAAAGAGAUACUUUAUAAACUUUAUUAAAGACUUUGAAUUAUUCUUGUAUAGUUCUAGCUAGAAUGUAACUAUCUAGAUAUAAGUCUGAGUUAAUGAAAGUUAUAGAGAGGUAAUUCAUAUCUAUCAAAAUAGUCAUUAAACUAAAUAGGAAUAAAGUAUAGUGUGGAAGAAAAUAUAUACUUCAUAUGUUAAUUAGUGUUAAAAGAGUAUAACAUAUGAUGAUAGUGUCAAAGUAAAAUUAUUCUAAUAUCUAAGAUCUUUUCUUAAAUUUAAUCUAAAGAAUUUAAAUUUGAUGAUUAUAGAUUUAUUUAUGAAAAUAUGACAUUAGAAGAUUAUAGCAGUGAUAAAGUUGAUAUGCAUAUUACUUAAGCAGAAGAAAGAAUAUGGUCAUAUAUACAGGAUUUUGAGAAAGCUAUGGAUUCAAAGGAUGAAGAAGAGGAUGAUGAUUCAUAAUUCAAAAGAAAUUUUGAUUUAGAACCUAAAGUAUUUGGAUUUUCUUUAAAAUCAGUAAAAUCUUUACAAUACAUUAUGUUCUUUUUAUUUAUUUCUUUUAUUAUAUUUUUGGGUUAUAUAGCAUUCAAAAAAUUACCCAAAUAAUAUGAAGAUUAAAAAAAGAAAAAAAGAAAUUGA